AUGGCUGCCUCCGCAGGACUCCACGCUGCCGAGAUCAGGUUACGCCCACCGCGGACGUGGUGGCAGACCCUCCAUGGCGUCGCCUUCCUGCUUGUGUUCUUGUUCGGCUGCGUCAUGAUCAACGGCUCGCAGAUCGUGUUUCUGGCGCCCCUGAAGCUGCUGCCGUUCGCCUGGGCGGGCAAGGUGUACUACGAGGGCAUACGGUACAGCAAGGCGGCGUUCGGGACGCUUUUGAUCCUGGCGAGCCAGUGGUUUGCGCCCACCAAGCUGGUGGUGACAUUUGAGCAGGAUGCGGAAGGACGGUUCACGGAUGAGCAAAUACAGGAAAUCGUCCAGCGAGAUCCUGCAGGCAAAGUUGUAGGGCUGGACCUCCCGCAAAGGGCCGUCCUCAUAGCAAACCACCAGGUCUAUGCAGACUGGUGGUACGCAUGGUCGCUGACGUACUACAUGAGAACGUACGCGGACGUGUUCAUCGUCCUGAAGGAGAGUCUCAAGUGGGUGCCCAUGCUUGGCUGGGGCAUGCGCUUCUACAACUUCAUCUUCCUGAAGCGUUCGUGGGCCUCAGAUCGGCUGCACCUGGCAGCUAGCCUGUCGUGGCUGGGGCAGCGAGCAGAGCGGGAGGACUCGCCCCUCACGUUCAUCCUGUAUCCGGAAGGCACCCUGGUGAGUAAAGACACAAGGCCGCUGAGCAAGAAGUAUGCGGACAAGAUUGGUAUACCGGACACGCUCCAUACACUCCUGCCCCGCUCGACAGGCUUACACUACUCCCUGAGAUCGCUGGCACCGCGCAUUCCUAGCUUGCAGCUCAUUGACAUCACCAUGGCAUACCCAGGAAUCCCACCCUUCGGGUAUGGUCAAGACUACUACACCCUGCGGUCAAUAUUCUUCGAUGGCAUACCUCCACCUACGGUCCGCAUGCACAUCAAGACGUUCGACGUCGCCAAGGAAGUUCCGAUAGGCGACGUCUCGGCCAGCAUUUCUAAUGGCCAUCCUAACGGUGCUUCGAACGGUAGACCCAAGGAGCACACAACCGAGAUCGACAUGCCCGAGAUGGAGCGGGAGAAGUUCGAGCUCUGGCUGCGUAAUCUAUGGCAGCACAAGGAUACGCUGAUCGCCAAGUUCCUUGACACAGGAUCUUUCGUCGAGCAGUCUAGGCCGCAGCUCGAGAUACCGCUUCAGAUACGGACCUCGCGUGAGAUCUUGGAUGCAUUCUGCUUCUGCAUGCCGGUGGUGGUGUUCCUGGCUUGGCUGAAGUUGCGACAGUGACCGAUGCAGGUGGGAGCGACACGGACUUCAUUUGUUGUACCUUUGUGUGUGUUGUGUGUGUGUAGUUCGUGAUGUUGUUAUCCUUAGCACUUGCAUGUACCUAACGUAUAGUGUCGUCGUUGAUUCAUGCUACCGUCGG